UUUGUAAGUUUCUACACGACACCGACUAUUCAAGUUCUGAGCAGGUGAAGAAAAAUUUGAAAAUGCAUAGUAUCAAAAAUGACUUUGCCGAGGUAUUAACUCCACCGCUUGACAAAGACUCGCCAUCUUUUAUGAGCACUGAUUCUUCAGUACAUACUCCUACCGAUGAGCCCAUGGUCACCGAAGGUAUAAAGGAAGAUGGGACAAAGCUCAUUGAAAACGAAAAAGAAAAUCUCAAAGUAUUAAAAGAAAAGGCUGUAGCUGAUUAUGAUGCGCUUGUUGACAAACAACGCGUUCAGCGUCUGAAAUUCUUGUUAGAAAAGUCAUCCAUGUAUGCCCAAUUCUUGGCCACUAAAAUGGAGCGACAGCAGCAAGAGCAACGCGAACGCGCCCAAGCAGAAGAAACAAGACGCGUGCAUGCCAAAGAGAAAGUGGAAAAAAUAGCAGCUGGACCAACCCGAAGAUCAUCAAGGGUUAAUACAAAAUCAACAAAUGCGGAUCCUUCCAUUAAACAAGUAGCUACCAAAAAGAAAAGUGGCGCAGUUAAGAAAAGAAAGGCCAAUGAUGCGGAUUAUAGGAUUUCGGAUUAUUUGGAGGAUCUUAACAAGAGGCGUAAAAAUUCUGAUUCUUCACCAACUCCUGUAAAGAAAGAUGAAAUAACAGUUAAUGCAGAUGAUGAUGAGCUCCCUAAUCCUACCGUUGACACCGCACCAAAGUCAAAUUUGAACAUUUCCGCUCGUCAACCAGGAUUAGUUACAGGGGGUGUACUUCGGGAAUAUCAGUUGACAGGCGUAGAAUGGCUAGUCAGUCUGUACGACAAUGGAUUAAACGGCAUUUUAGCCGAUGAGAUGGGUUUAGGAAAGACCUUGCAAACAAUUGCAUUUCUUGCCUACCUAUGGGAACGCGAAAUCUAUGGCCCAUUCCUAAUCGUCGCACCACUUUCGACCUUGGCAAAUUGGAUUAGUGAAAUUCACAGAUUCACACCGACAUUACCAUGUGUAUUGUAUCAUGGCACUCCAGAACAACGGUCACAUAUAAGGAGUCGAAGACUAAAAAAGCUGGAUCACACUUUUCCCAUUGUUGUCACAAGUUAUGAGAUCGUAAUGAAUGAUCGCAAAUAUCUUCAAAAAUUUGCGUGGAAGUAUAUCAUAGUUGAUGAAGGUCAUCGUAUCAAAAACCUAAACUGUAAGCUUAUUAGGGAACUAAAAAGUUAUCAAUCCGCUAAUCGUUUGCUCUUAACGGGAACUCCUCUCCAGAAUAAUCUUGCCGAAUUAUGGAGUUUGUUGAAUUUCCUUUUACCCGAUAUAUUUGACGACUUGGAUAGCUUUCAAGAUUGGUUUGAUUUCUCUGCUCUUCACGAACAAGAUGGAGAGAAUCGGAUUUUAGCCAAGGAACAAUCGAAUGAGAUCAUAAGUAAUUUGCAUAAGAUUCUGAGACCAUUUUUAUUACGCCGAUUGAAGAGUGAUGUUGAAUAUGACCUUCCAAAGAAAAAGGAAUACUUGCUGUAUGCGCCGUUGACUUUACAACAAAAGGAAAUAUACGAUGCCAUCUUAUCUCGUAAGAUUCGCCCUUAUUUACUUGCCAAAAGGCUUAGUCGAGAAAAUGAAAAUAUACCUGAGUACAUGGAAGAUGAAGAAUCCAUGAUGGUCUCCCCAUCCGAGGCAGAAAGAGGUGAUGCAAAUCAAGAUGAAGAUAGUGCUGAAAGUAAAAAGAGAUUACGAGGAUUACCUAGGAAGAAGUACAGAGAAGUUUCUGAUUCCGAGUUUUUCGAAUCCUUGGAGGCAGAUAAAAAACCAGAAGAAGACAAAGAAUUGGCUUUGAAAAAUGCCAUCAAGGUUGAAAAGGAAGAGAAGACCAAAAGAGCAGUUAAAUCCAUUAAUUGCAUGAGUUUACAAAACGCCAUGAUGCAACUUCGUAAGGUCUGCAAUCAUCCCUAUUUAUUCGAUUGGCCCGUUGAUCCUUCGACCGAUAUGCCAAUAAUCUCGAAUGAUUUGAUCGCAACAUCGGGGAAGAUGAUGCUCUUAGAAAAAUUGCUCACCGCACUGUUUGAACACGAUCACAAAGUUUUAGUAUUUUCUCAAUUUACUACGAUGCUCGAUAUCAUUGAAGAUUGGGCUACAACGUUCAAAGGUUGGAAGUUAUGCAGAAUUGAUGGUGGGGUGAGUCAGGAUGACAGGCGACAACAGAUUCAAGAAUUUAACACGAAUCCCGAGAUUAAACUUUUUAUUUUGUCUACACGAGCUGGCGGUUUGGGUAUCAAUUUGACCGGUGCAGAUACUGUCAUCAUUUAUGAUAGCGAUUGGAAUCCUCAAAUGGAUCUACAAGCUCAAGAUCGAGUUCACCGUAUUGGUCAAACAAAACCUGUGAUAAUUUAUCGUCUAGUCACUGGUAAUACGAUAGAAGGCAAACUAAUAGAGAAAGCUACUGCCAAGAGAAAGUUGGAAAAGUUGGUAAUUCACAAAGGUAAAUUCAAGUUACCCACUUCCCGAGAGACGCCGAUGGCAAGUCUGGCAGAAUUAGCCGAGAUAUUGGCAUCCGAAGAUACCGAAAAGGUGCAAAUGGCGCAGCAUGGAGAUGAAAUAAUUCCCAGAGCUGAUUUGGUGCGACUUAUGGACAGGAGUGAGGAGGCUUUUGCGAAAGUUGGUACUGCGGCUGCUCAAGAAGAGAAAGGGGCUAUUUUCAAAGUUAUUUCUGAAAUCAGAGACCAAAAGAACGAUGCACUUGCUCAAAUCAGCGCAGAGGAACAAAUUAACAAUAUGGAAUUGGAUGAGUCAAAAGUCUGA